AUGAUUACUUAUUUAUUCAAAUUUAUUUUUUAUAGAAAUAGAAAAUGCAAAUUAGAAGUACUUAAGCUGAUCAAUUAAAUUAAAAAAUAAUUGGAGUUUGCAUCGAUAUUGAUUGUCAAUAUUAAAGACCCUAUUGUAAUUUUAUACAAUAUUAAUUUGGCAUAGUUUCCUAAAUAAGGACUUUCAUAAAUUGACAAUAUAAUUAAAGGUUUAUGUUUAAUUGAAUUAUCAGAGAACUAAUUCCAAUAAUCUAUUGAAGAAUUUAAAUAGAUAGUUAAAGAAAUUUUGUAAAUCAGAACUAUUAAAUAAAACUCUAUUAAGUAAGAAAACGUUUGCUUUGCAAUUGCUAUUAAUAAAGAUAACUCAAUUGUUGUAGCAGAUUGUGAUAAGUAAAUUAAAGUAUUUGAACUCAAAGAAUCGAAAUUAAAUCAAUUAUAACUCUUAAGUGAACAUUAAUUACAUGUGUAGACUUUAAACUUUAUGAAAAAAAACGAAUCACUUUUUAUCUGGAAGUAAUGAUAAGUUAAUAAUAAUAUGGUAGAUGA